AUGGUAAACACCAAAUGCAUGAAAACCCUAGUGGUUGUCCAUCUGCUCAUCCAGUUGUUGAUCCAGAUAGCCCCCCUGACGACCCAUGCCAAAGAAUGGUGUAAAGUGAAAUUCGAAUUUGGAAAAGCAGAUUACGCAGAAUGUCAAAGCGAAACGGAAAAUAUAGCCAAGUACAUGAUACAUACAACUCCAGUAAUUUCCAACGAUGUAGAUCUCUAUGCUAAUGUAUCCUUAGUAAUGUCCAACGGAUAUGGAUUCAAAACAAAGGAAAUCAACAUCGGAAGUGAAGAACAAGGAUUGUUAAGCAAAACAUUUGCAGUGGCAACUGAUAUAGGAAGUCCAGAAUAUGUACACGUAAAAAUAAAUUCAGUAAAAAAAAAUUGGAAAUGCAAAAAAAUUACCAUCUGGAAAAAUUACAAAUAUUGGGUCUUUGAUUGUGCCGCUUCGUUAAAUGACAAAAAUCCCCAAGGCACUUAUUUCCUCUCAGGAAAUAAAAUGUACACAGCAUUUGUAAAAACGGGAAAUGAAGUCCAAGCAGGAACAAGUGGGACCGUUGACAUCGUCCUGGUAGGAAAUAACAGAAGAAGCAAUACCAAAGUGCUACACGAAGGAUUCCAAUCUGGUGUGCUAAAAAAAAUAAAAUUUCAAGCAUCAGAUGUGGGAAAGAUAGAAGACAUUAUAUUGACAAAUAAUGCCAAGAGGGAUGAUCCGUGGUACUGUGAUUUUGUCAAAAUAAAGAGUGACAAUAAGCUUUACAUCUUCAAUGUUAAGAGCUGGAUUGGUCAUCCUUACGAAAAAACUGUAAAGAUUAAUAUAAGGGCAGAUCAAAGUGUAGAUGGAGGGGCAACAAAAGACAUCGACUGUCACAUCAGGGGAAAUGAUUUAAUCAAUAUGAAUAAUUUGCCCCAUGCAUUACAAAGUAAGGUGCAAAUAUUUAAAGUGAGAUGUCCACAGAAUUGUCAAAAUGCAGAAUUUGCUUCGGUAGAAGGUUCCUCUAUUCAUCCUUCUUCUUCAUCUAUUUGUACAUCUGCUAUUCAUGAUGGGUCCUUAACUCCAAGUGGAGGUUCUAUCAUAAUCACAGUUGGAAGCGACUUACAUCAAUAUCAUUCUGUUAAGGAAAAGAUAAAUAACAUUGAAGCUAUUGAUGUUCUUACCAAAGUGGACGAACCCAAUUUCUCCUUCUACACAUACCGUCUAGAAUCCAUUGAUGAUGUGAAGAGUAACGUCCGAAUCGUAGAUGCAUUUGGAAAACUGUCAUCCUUGGGGAGGUUAGAAAUUAGACGAAGUGACAACACCUGGGGAACUGUGUGCAAGAAGGGACCAAAUUUCACCUUCUCCGAUGAUAGUGCUAAACGGGCUUGUGCAGAUUUAGGAUUCGCAAACGGGGUGUAUAUUAAGGAAAUGUGUUUCAACCUGAAUGGACAAAAUUAUUGCGCAGGUUAUAAGUACCCGUUCAGUAGUGCAGGCAUGGUAUGUUCUGGAAAUGAAAAAAGCUUACUUAACUGCAAUGCAGAUGAUUCAUCCCAUUGUGUAGACCACCACGAUGAUGUUAUCAUUCAAUGUCUAAAUGAACAGACCAACAAGGAAUCACUUAGCGACGGGAUGAUCAGACUAGUCGAUAUAACUGGAGCACCCACUACCAACGGAAUUGGAAGAUUAGAAAUGUUUUACAAUGGCUCUUUCGGUUCUGUGUGUUCAGAAGGAUGGGUAAAAGAAGGAGAGAAAAUCGCCUGCAGAGAAUUGGGCUACACAGGACUAAAGGGAAACGGCUUCUCCCACCACCUGUGUGCAAACAUCGCAGGAGAAAAUCUGUGUGGACAUGAUGCAGAUAAAAUAAAUGCAGUAAAUAUCAAAUGCAAGGGAGAUGAAAAGUCUCUCCAAAAUUGUGCACAUGAAACGCACGAAGAUAUUUACUGCUCCCACGAUGAGGAUAUCGUUCUUGGCUGUUCCGGUGGGGAAGGAGGAGAAGAAGAAGAAUUCCAAGGGGGUAGCCAAGAAAAUGCACAAAACAAUCACCAUAUAAGCACAGCCCCAGGACUUAAAAAACAUUUCUUAACAUUGGAGAAAAAGAACUUUCCGCGAAAAAUCGAAUUAACAUGCUUCGAUAAAAUCGUUUCCAUAGCAGAUCUCAGCGCCGCACAAGUGGGAGAGGUCUUCUUAGCUAGCUGUCCAGAAAAAUGUGACGAAGAAAUAGGAAUUAUCAAAGGAACAUUUUUAUAUACCUUCGAUUCGCCCAUAUGCAAAGCGGCCAUACACGCGGGAGUUCUCUCAAGCAAUGUCGCAGAUGACAUCGUCCUCAUCAUAUCGCACAAGCAUCACAACUUUGUCGGUACGAAGCGAAACAAUGUCGAAUCGCACGAAUUUGCUGGGACCUCCAAGGGUUUUAGCAUCAGUAUCCCGACCAGGUCUAUCAUCCAAGAGGAACGAAAGAGUAACCACAAAUAUGCAGAAGAAAAUUCAGACAAAGCUUUUUCGGAUGAUGACGGGUUGGAAGAUCAACAUGCAGAACAUUCAUAUUCACUCCUGGCACCCCCGCAUAUUCAGCGACAAAAUGGGAGAUUAACCACAAGAGUGAUAGGGACUCAACCAACAUUCCAGUGGAUACCCCCAAUGGGCUCCCCAGGAUUUAACGGAAAAGAAAACGAUUUCGUUAAUUGUAUCAAUUUGCCAAAUGAGAAGUAUAUUAAGAGUAUGUCUAACUUUACCUUCAUCAUUUAUUUCACUGUAAGCGGUGGAGCAGGAAACUGGAGAACCCUACUAUCUCACAGCUUGUGUGACGGAAUCUCCAUUUCAGUGAACGAAGAAAACGAAUUGAUAAUUGAACAGAACUGUAAUCCCCACUUGUUAAAGAGCAAAUUCAAGCCAGUCAUCGGACAAACUUACCACCUCGCAGUGGCCUUUAACAAAACGAACAAAAGUGUCACGCUCUACGUAAACGGAAAGAAACUUCCCACGGAGAAGGUGAAGUAUGAUUUUACACUCAAUGGAGAUUUAGUCAUUGGCAGAUCAAACCAAAGCACGACAGAUUAUUUUAUCGGAAGUAUCCACCUCGUUGAAGUGUACAAGUUUGUUUUAGCCGAUGACGAAAUUAAGCAGUUGGCAAAUGCUGCUCUCUCUUUGGAUUACCUCAGUGGAGGUAGCGAUAGCAACUACAACGAUAUAAGAAGAACAAAACGAGGAAAGAAAACAAGUGGAAUGAACAGAAAAACGGUCGAUGGAAGAGAAUGCAUGACCCCGUGUAAACCCCAAAGUAUCAUCAACAAGGAGCUUCAAAUAAAUGCAGAGCAAAUCAACCUAUCCUGUAAGGAUGAUCUUUUGUCCCACCAAUUUAAUAGCAAAAUUGGAUCCCAUUUUUUGGUUCACUGUUCAGAUAACUGUAGCAAAUCCAAUUUCAUUGUAAAAGGAAGCAAUAACUACUACACCCCAGAUUCCUCCAUAUGCAAAGCAGCCAUACAUGCCGGGGUGUACAGACCUAAGAGAAAAAAUGGAGAUGAAAAUAACUCUUUUAUUUUAAAAAUUGUCAAUGGGUUAUUUGAAUAUAAAUCAGCCAGGGGACACAUGGGUAUUGUUUCAAAAGCGGAAAGACAAUCUCAAUUACGAUCCUUUUCUAUUUUUCCUGAAAAUGACGAUAACAUUCUUUCCUGCUCUUCUAAUGGACACUUAUUUUUAAACUUACCUGUUGGAGAAAAACGAACUAUCAUAUGUCCAUCAGGUUGUGACAAAAUGGAAGGCAAAAUUUGGGGUACAAAUGUAUACACUCCUUCGUCUACUUUAUGCAAAGCGGCCAUACAUUCUGGAGCUUUAUCAAAUCAAGGGGGCCUCGUCGAUAUGUCUAUUGGCUCAGGUGUGGAUAAAUUCACGGGCGCUACACAGAACGGAAUUGAAUCCCAUUCAUCCGCUCAGCAUAGCCGCUCUUUAAUAUUUUCGACCCAUUCUCAGUAG